AACUGCUUGCUCAACACCACUCCGUACCAGUCCUUGCAGGCUGUAGAGUUUGGCUGUCCCUACCUUGAGGUAUUGAAUUGACUUCAGCAGAGCACGGACUUCAGCUAGAGACGGUCCUCACUGGCUUGCAGACGGUAACCAGUUUUACAAUGGACUCUCUUAUUGCAGCAAAUAGCAAAUUUAGCUUUGAUUUCUUCCAAGAGAUUAGCAAAGAUGAUAUUCACAAGAACAUCUUUGUCUGCCCUCUGAGUAUCUCAGCUGCCUUUGGUAUGGUCCGCCUGGGAGCCCGAGGUGACAGUGCACGUCAGAUUGAUGAGGUAUUACAUUUCAAUGAACUUUCCAAGAAUGAAAGCCAAGAAUCCAAUGAUGCCUGUUUAAAAAGCAAAAGCAAAGUGUUGUCUGACAGCUCUCUGGAAGGGCAGAAACAAGCACCAGCAUCUCAGGAGAAGCAGGAUGAAUCUACAGAUGAGAAUGAACUGCUUGGCUGCUACUUCGGGAAACUUCUCUCCAGAUUAGACAGGGCCAAAGCUUAUUACACUCUGAGUAUGGCCAACAGACUGUACGGAGAGCAGGGAUUCCCAAUCUGCCCAGAGUACUCCGAUGGCGUAACUCAAUUCUACCACACGACAAUUGAAAGUGUAGACUUCCGGGAGGAUACUGAGAAGUCAAGACAAGAGAUUAACUUCUGGGUUGAAAGUCAAUGUCAAGGUAAAAUCAAGGAGCUGUUCAACAAGGAGGCUAUUAAUAAUGCAACUGUGCUGGUGCUGGUGAAUGCUGUUUACUUCAAGGCCAAGUGGGAGAAAAACUUUGACUGUGAAAACACAGUUGAUGCACCUUUCUCUCUAAGUGAGAAUGAGAAGAAGACAGUAAAGAUGAUGAAUCAAAGAGGGAAGUUUAGAAUUGGCUUCAUCGAGGAGCUGCAGGCACAGAUCCUGGAAAUGAAAUACACCAUGGGGAAGCUCAGCAUGUUGGUCCUGCUUCCAUCUUGUUCAGAAGACAAUGUGAAGAGCCUGCAAGAGCUUGAAAACAAAAUAAGCUAUGAAAAAAUCAUGGCUUGGAGCAGCUCAGAAAAUAUGCCGGAAGAAUCAGUAGCCAUUUCCUUUCCCCAGUUUGUCAUGGAAGACAGCUAUGAUCUCAACUCUAUUCUACAAGGCAUGGGCAUUAAGGACAUCUUUGAUGAAACAAAGGCUGACCUGACUGGAAUCUCUAAGAGCCCCAAUCUACAUUUGUCCAAAAUGAUUCACAAGAGCUUUGUGGAGGUGGAUGAGAUGGGCACAGAGGCAGCCGCGGCCAGCGGGGCUGUUGCUGCAGAGAAGGCCCUUCCGUCUUGGGUGGAGUUUAAUGCCAACCACCCUUUCCUCUUUUUCAUCCGACACAACCCAACCCACACAAUUCUUUUCUGUGGCAGGGUCUACUCUCCUUGAACUCCCUCUGGCUCUCGGGUGCCUGAGGUGAAUGGUUAAUACAGCUUUCCCCUUUGCAAAACACGGGCAUUUGUGUAUUUGC